AUGUCGUCACUGUCUCAUACCUCGGUGUCUGCUAAAUUGCGCACAAUUCUGGUCAAGGUGUCGCCAGCACCAUCGAGUCUCUCGGAGCGGCGAGCAAUUCUUCACCUGCUGAAGAAGUACGCCGACGUCGAAUAUUUCAAACGCUUGAAGGACCCUUCUCAUUUCAUCUCCAUCGUCAACACUCCGCAAACCGCCCGCAGGCUCAUCGAGCAAAGCCCCUUCGUUUUCGACUACCGCACGCAGCAGCAAAGCGGCAAGACUAGUAGCAGCCUCAGCGCAGCCGACAACAAGCCCUUGACAACGAACGCGACAAACCCGCCAAAUGGAGCGACAUCGGUCCGGACAUUCCUAGUCAAAGUCACCGAAAAGUUCGACUACAAGCACAAGACGCGCAUCCGCUCUUCCAUACUUUACGGCCACUGGCCGCAGCACGACGACAUAUUCCAAGCGGACUCGGUCGCCAAGGCGGUGCUGCGCCGGUCCGUUCCCGAGGGCUUGGAUUUGGACGGCCUGGCCGAUUGGGAGAGCUUUGGCCAGGCCGACGAGGACGAGAGCAAUCUGGCGGCAUCCCUCCGCGACAAGCGCGACUUUGUGAAGGCCCGCGGCAUCCGUAAGGCCAACGACGCCUCGGGGUUUGAGAGUUUGGUUGAGCUCUGGAAUACAAAACACGGGGAUAAGCUGGGAAUGAUUGGGGAGGAUGGUAGGAAGGGGGCAGAGGGCGCGGCACCCGUCGCUGCUGUUGGAGAGUCGAUGCCGGGCGAAAGCUCGGAGGAGUCUAGAGCAAGGGACCGGUCGGACGCCGAGGAGCUCGACCGAAAAGACUAA